AUGCGGCACUCCGCAGCAGGUCUCACACGGUCGCGAUGGGAGGCAUCGAGGCGCUGUUACCAGGCGUCCCCUAGCGUGUUCCAUGGCAGCAAAGACGACGAGGGCGCUGAGGAUAGGGAGACGAUUUCGGUCACGUUCAUCACAAGGGACGGCACGGAGGAGACGGUUCAGGCUCCGAUCGGCGAGAACCUGCUGGAGGUGGCCCACGCUAAUGACAUUGAGCUCGAGGGUGCCUGCGAAGGGUCGCUGGCGUGCUCGACCUGCCACGUGGUCGUGGAGCAGCAGGAACUGUACGACACGCUCCCCGAGCCGGACGACGACGAGAACGACAUGCUCGACCUCGCGUUCGGGCUCACGGAGACGUCCCGCCUGGGUUGUCAGAUCAUCGCCACCAAGGACAUCGACGGGCUGCGGGUGCGGAUACCGGCGGCGACGCGAAACAUGGCGGUCGACGGCUACGUCCCCAAGCCCCACUGA